GUCGUCCCAGAUUAGCCUGUGCAGUCCACACAGGCUAAUCAGGGGCGACACUUUCCACAUUAUGAUAUUUUCUGUUUAAAGAAAGUAUCUUCUUAGCAAAAAUGUAGUUUAUGCGGAAAGUGUCGUCCCUAAUUAGACUGUGCGGACUUCACAGGCUAAUGUGGGACGACCCUUUACGCACAUGAAUUAACCCCCCUUUUAAACAGAGCACGGUCAAUAUUACGUUUAACGAUAUCAUGUGUUAUUAAAAACAAAAAAUCUAAGGUGUAACAAUGUGUCUUAAUGAAAAGUAACUUUGAAUACAAAGAAAAUGUAUGCUGUGAAUAUAACUUUUUUCUGUAUUUGACGGGAGGAGCAAAAACAAUUACAACGGAAUGCUGUAUUGUUUUCCUGCAUUGUUGCGCGAUCGGCGGAUUAUUUUCUUUAGUGCUUUGGUGAUUUGAUCUCGAAAGUCUUAAAGCGGACAGUCUGAAACGGCAUGACGUACUCUUUCAAACGGUGGAUGACAAUCUAAAACCGUUGCACAUUAACUUAUUUCAUAAAUGUAUUCAUAUGUUUUUGCGCAGUUUGCAUUGUAAAGUAUACACCAGGAUUAUUUUCAAAUCAAUACCAAUAAAUAGUCGUUUACUACGAUGAAAACAAGUUUUGAGACGUAAAUGUAGUAAUAUAUAUCAAACUUGUUAAAAAGCUAUAAAAAUGCAACGUGGACGAUACUGUUGAACUAAGUUAUCAUUAAAUUCUCAAACAAACAUAACGCAGUCAUAAAUAUUCCGUUUCAUUAACUUAAUAUGUAAGUGAGAGAUUUGGACAGAAUCAAACAAACUUAUUGUUGCCGACGUAUCGACCGACGUGACGAUGAGCGGAGGACCUGUUGGGGGUCUGGGGGACAGCCCCGCCGGCGCCGGCCCGGCACUGAAGCCGUACCUGAAGCGGAAGAAGUCCUCCCUGGGAGAAACAAAGAUCGCAGUUCUUGGCGCGGAAGGAGUCGGUAAAAGCGCGUUGUCGGUGCGGUUCAUUACGAAGAGGUUCAUAGGGGAGUACGACCAGACGGCCGAGUCAAAGUACAAAUACAGUACGAUGGUGGACGGGGAACAGAUGGCGUUCGAAGUGCUCGACACUCGCUCUGUGAACGAUGAUUGUGGGGCCCGUGAGGACGUGUUGCGCUGGGCGGACGGAUACGUUUUAGUGUACUCGGUUGUUUUCCGGAAGUCUUUCGAACUACUUAAAGAGGUACAGAAGCGAGUGGAAGACUACCGGAAAGGUGCUGCUAGCGUUCCCAUAGUAAUUCUGGCCAACAAAGCCGACCUUGCUCACAUGAGACAGGUCACGCGGGAGGAGGGUCAACUCUUUGCAGCCUCUCUCGGGUGUCCGUUCAUCGAGUUGUCUGCGUCCGAAGACGUCAGUGACGUCACAGAGGCAUUCCACUCCCUUUGUAGAGACAUUGUGGAAUAUAAACGAAGGUCUAGGACAUUUUUUGGCAGGGUACUUGGGGCGUUAGGCAGAGAGAAGGUUUCGUAGGACGUGUUUUAGAAAAAAAAAGUUUAGAAAAAAAAGUUUUGACAGUUUGAGUAAAACUGUUUGAUGUUGUAGUGUUUCAUUUUGUGUUUGCCGUAUGAUUGUCAUGCUCUAGUAGCAGAGAGUGCAUGGUGAGGUUAACAUUACUUAGGAAUAUUGUAUAGUCUUUAUAAAUCAUUUAUGUUGAUUGGUUGUUGUAUUAAACAAAAAAGAGCAAAACCGAUGGAUGUUCCGUGGUCGUGCUCUUUGAAAAUUAA